GGCCUCCGCCCGCCGCGUCACGUGACCGCGCUGAAGAUGGCGACGCACCUGAGCUACGGCCGGGUGGUGCUCAACAACCUGCGGGAGGCCGCCCGUAAGGAGCUGCGAGAGUUCCUCGACAAGUGCGAGGGCAGCAAGGCAAUAGUUUGGGAUGAGUAUCUUACUGGACCAUUUGGAUUAAUUGCUCAGUAUUCACUGCUAAAGGAGCAUGAGGUCGAUAAGAUGUUCACUCUGAAGGAAGGACGUUUACCUCAAGCCGAUGUGAAAAAUGUCAUUUUCUUUGUGAGACCUAAGCUGGAACUAAUGGAUAUCAUUGCUGAUAACAUUCGGUGUGAAGACCGGCAUUCCCGCAGAGAUUUCCAUAUCCUGUUUCUACCACGUCGAAGUCUUCUUUGUGAACAGCGACUUAAGGAGCAUGGGCAGCUGGUCAACAUCACCCUUAUAGAGGAAUACAGCUUGGAUCUAAUUCCAUUCGACAGUGAUCUUAUGUCCAUGGAGGCAGAAAGUGCAUUUAGGGAAUGUUACCUUGAGAAUGACCAGACGGUAUUAUUCCAUGUUGCCAAAGGAUUGAUGACUCUGCAAGCUCUGUAUGGAACCAUUCCACAGAUAUUUGGGAAAGGUGAAUGUGCACGGCUUGUAGCAAAUAUGAUGCUAAGAAUGAAGCGUGAAUUUGCUGGGAGUCAGAAUCAGACUUUGCCUGUGUUUGACAAACUUCUGUUGCUUGAUCGUAACGUUGAUCUGCUGACGCCCCUCGCAACACAGCUGACUUACGAAGGGCUGAUUGAUGAAAUAUACGGAAUUCAAAACACCAAUGUGAAACUUCCGCUGCCUCCUCCCUUGAGACCGGGAAAGCAAAAUGAAAGUCUGUAAAUCAUUGCUUAACUGAACGUCAAAAGCUUGGAGGGCUUUUCUGCAGAAGAAUUGUAUGCAGAAAUUAGAGAUAAAAAUUUCAAUGCAGUUGGCUCUGUCCUUAGUAAAAAGGCAAAGAUUAUCUCUGCUGCAUUUGAGGGAAGGCAUAAUGCAAAGACAGUGGGUGAAAUCAAACAAUUUGUCUCACAACUUCCACACAUGCAGGCUGCAAGAACCUCCUUAGCUAAUCAUACAUCUAUCGCUGAACUUGUCAAAGACAUUACAGGAUCUGAGACCUUUUUUGACAAUCUAACUGUGGAACAAGAAUUUAUGUCUGGGAUUGAUACGGACAAGAUUAACAACUAUAUUGAAGACUCUAUUGCACAAAAAGAACCGUUGACAAAAGUGCUGCGACUUGUUUGCAUGCAGUCAGUGUGCAAUAAUGGCCUAAAACCAAAAGUGCUGGACUAUUACAAGAGAGAAAUUUUGCAGACGUAUGGUUAUGAACACAUUUUAACUCUGAAUAAUCUAGAAAAGGCUGGAUUACUAAAAUCUCAGACAAGCACUCGAAACAAUUAUCCAACAAUCAGAAAAACACUGCGUCUGUGGAUGGAUGACAUCAACGAACAGAAUCCCAACGAUAUCUCUUAUGUAUACAGUGGUUAUGCCCCACUGAGUGUUCGAUUAACCCAGUUGUUGGCUCGGCCUGGCUGGCGUAGCAUAGAGGAAGUAUUAAAAAUGCUGCCGGGACCGCAUUUUGAAGAAAGACAACAACUGCCUUCUGGAUUGCAUAAAAAACGCCAGCAAGGAGAGAACAGAGUGACUCUGGUAUUCUUUCUUGGAGGUGUGACGUAUGCUGAGAUUGCUGCACUUAGAUUCUUGUCCCAGAUGGAAGAAGGAGGUACAGAAUAUAUUAUUGCCACCACAAAGCUAAUAAAUGGAACCAGCUGGAUUAAAUCUAUGAUGGACAAAUUGGAGGCAUCUCUAUUCUGAAAGGACAAGGCCGUGGACAAUUUUAAUCUCAAUUAACUUUUUUUUGAUUCUAAUGAUGAAAUCUGCAUGAAAUGGCCGUUGACCCCAGUUGCACUUGGAAAUAUGAUUAAUAUUUCAGCUGAGGAAACUGAAAUGAGAACAGCCUGUAAUACAGCAAACAAACCUCCUCGGACCUACCAGUGCUUGAGCUGGUUUGAUGGUGGAAUGCUGCAUUUGCCUGCAAUACACCAUAUGGAACAGGUGCUGGAAAGUGGUGUAAGGGUCGCCAUUAAUCUAGGUAUAGGUUGACCAUUCAUGCUACUGGUAAAUUAAAUUUGCAUUCACUCUGGUUUCUCUCUGAAAUGUGAGCAUUGCAGCAGAGAUGGCACAAAUAAUGCAUGGUACAGCAUAAGAGAUGCACAAGGCCCCUCUGUUACUGUAGCUCUUUAUCCUAUUCUUUUCCAACAUAAAUAAUAUCUUGUAUGUUCAACAGUACCUACUCAUAGUUCAUCCCUUGUACAUAUCAAAGCAAGAAUUUCAAAAGCACGUUUCCUGCGUUGUUGGACUGAGUAGUUUGCGACUCGAGUGCUGAUGAGUAACAGUACAGAAAAUAUGAUGUAAGUUGGGUCAAUAAUCCAAUUAGAUUUCAUUUGUGUCCAUGUUGUAAAUAUAACGCAUAAAUUUAAUUUUUAGUUGUAUUUAUACUGAUUAUUUUUUGUUCUGUUUCCUCUGUCACACGAGUUGUAGAAGCUCUGUUGUCCUGUGAUUAAAACUGAAGCAUUUCUCAAAACUGUUUUUCUAGAUCUUGCACAAGUUUAAAGCUGGCUUCCUUAUUUUUGUAUUCUAUAUUUUCUAAAUCUAAUAAAACGUGCACA